AUGCGUUGCUUACUUUGUCCUCAGUGGUAUGAAACUGUGAGUCAUGUUUUUUGUGGUUGUUCUGUGGCAAAGGAAAUCCUCACAUCCCCUCCAUUUUCUAUGCAACUACCUAUUUCUCCUUCUUUUAUGUUUAAGGAAUGGAUGCUUGAACAGGCGAUUUCUUUGUCUGAUGAAAACUUUGCUAAGUUGUUGAUGAUGAUAUUAUGGGGUUUGUGGAAAAAUAGAAAUGAGAAGCUUUGGAAUGAUUCUGCUAUUGCUACUCUUGCUAUUGUCGCUAGUACUAUGGCCUGGUUUGAAGAGUAUAGCCUCAUAAACAAGGCUACUGGAAGUCAGGCUUCUCCUCGAAUUAAAGGCAAUCAACCUUGGCGCCCACCUAUAGCAGGGAUGCUAAAAUUGAACACAGAUAGAGCAUUUCUACAGUCAGCAACUCAUGGAGGGGUGGGAGGUGUCUUGCGGAAUGAAAAGGGUGAAUUCAUUGCUGGAUUUGUUUAUCAUAAAGAGUAUGUCACUUCUGGAAUGCAUGUGGAACUUCUUGCAAUUAAACAUGGGCUAGAAUUGUUGCAAGCCAUGACAGUAACGAAUGUUAUUGUUCAAAGUGAUUGUCUCUUGGCUGUAAAGGCUAUUUGA